ACAAUGACUCAUCUCUUCACAGUCUGUUGUGUCAUUCCAACAAUGAGACUCAUCUUUCAAGUGUGUUCAGUGAUCUUCACACUGGGCAACCUGGUGGCUUCUCAGUCACAAUCUCCUGGUUCGAAAGAUGUGAUCAGGACCACAAUAAUCAAUUUCAAUAAUGAGAAGAUGCAGAUCACAUGGGCAGCAAGAGAACUAUUUCCUGGCGAGAAUGUGUCAUUUUCUUAUACAUUUGAUGAAGGCAAGCACAAAGUUUGGAAGCCAUGUCCCACCUAUUUAUUGGAUCAAGAUUAUAAUUCUGGAUGUCUUUUUAAGACAGAAGGACCCACCCUUGCCAUCUCUAUCAGGAACAGCAAUGGAAGUGAAGAGCUUUUUUCUAAAAGCCUAAAAUCUGAUUUUUUUAUAAAGCCCAAUCGACCAGAAAAUGUGACCUUCUUCUGGAAAGAGGACACCGUUACUGUAAGCUGUAAUAAACCAGAGGGAGCUGUGAAGUGCUUGAGACUUGAGCUUCAAUACAAAAGCAAGUUUGACAAAGAGUGGCAAUCCAGAACUUCUAAGUGUUGCAGUGUUGGAGAGCAAGGCUUUGAUCCAAGGAAAUGCUAUUCUUUCCGGGUCAGACUGAAGAGGCUAGUACCCUACUGCAACGUAGUUAAUUACAGCAGUGACUGGGAAGCAGAAACAUUUUGGAUGAAUGGCACAUUAUUAGAUUCAUGUGAUGAUGGUAUAAAAUCUCAGUCAAACACAGUAAUUGUUUUAAGUUGUUUGCUGGCAGUACUUCUAGUGAUACUUACCUUCUUGAUUCUUCUGUGUAAAUGGCAGAGGCUUCAGAAGUCAGUCAUGCCUGCUAUCCCAGAUCCAAAAUACAUGUUUGCUGAUCUCUUCAAUGAGCAUAACGGAAACUUCCAGGAAUGGAUAGACAAAACUGAUCAUGCAGUGGUGCAAACCAAGCUAGAAUAUAAAGAGCAAGAGUGCAUCAUUGAGGCAGAAAGCGAGCAAGAAGAUGAGAAGAACAGUGACAAACAGGGGCCUCGGGAAAAAAUCUUUACUUUUUCAGGAGCAGCUGAAAAUGAUGACCCCAAAGCAGCUCAGAUUGCCUGCCUGAUGCCAACAUCCAACACUAUAGCUUCUAUUGCUGGCUUCCAGAUUUUAAUGAAUGAUGACAUGUAUGUGAUGUUAUAAAAUCUGCAUAAUGCAGAAGGUGUUAGGAAAUUACGUAAAAGAUCCUGAUGGGGAGUGGCUGAGUAGAAAAGGUUGUCAUGAGGAGAUUCACAUCAGGAAAGACACUAGGCUGUGUUAUCUGGUUUCAGAUCUGUACUUUCCCAUUACUUACAAUCACUUGGGCAGGCUCAGUGUUUGAAACACAUCCUGAUGAUUUAUAGAGUUAGGAUUUGUUGUUCUAAUUGUGGUUUAUGUCUAAGACUAAACUAAGCCCCGUUUUCCUGCUAUGGGCAGGAGAGAACAAGAGCUCCUCCAUAAUGCAUGUUCACAGAGCCGACACAGUCCUUCCACUAUGGAGUAUGUAAGGCAGUGCAAACUACAGUUAUUCUUCCCAAAUGAAAAGAGAAAAAUAAAGGGACUUUUCUGCUAAUGGUCUUUGUCUCACAAAGACCAGACCAUAUACUGCUCAUUUUCACAGUGGUAGGAUAUUGCUUUGCAAGCCCUCCUUAGACUGGAAGUGCUUGCUUUUGUAAGCUGCUUCUCCUACUGUGAAACUUUGUGCUUCAUGGCAUGCAUCAAAGGUUUUAUAAAGAGAAAGAAUAAGCUCCAUGUCUAAGAACAGAAGAGUGAGGAUGUACAGUAUUGAGUCACAUUUUAUCCUACAAGUGGUGCUGUGUAGGCAGCUUCCUCCAGAACAGCAGAGCUUCAUGGGCCUCCUCUGAGGUCAGGUCCUCAGUAUCUUAUAGUCUUUGUACGACUAAGCAACUCCUUCUAGAAAGCUGAGGUUCAUUUUGAACAAUGUUUAUAUUUAACUGAGUUGCAUUUAUUUCAAACUGGUUUUUAGUGCAGCUAUAGACCCAAAUUAGGAAUUCUUAUUCAUAUUGCAUAUACUAGCCUCUUGUUCUCAAACUAUGUUCGGAAGUUUUCUAAAAAUACCAUCUUUUAAAAUAUGUUUAAUUUUAAAUUUAAAAUGCAAUGUUCUAUGCACUUAGACCUCAGGACAAAAAUCUUGACCGUUCUGAGUUUCUCUGUAUCACUUAGGUUACAUGCUAUUUGAAAGCAAAUUUUGUAAAAAAGUUUAAGUGCUAAAAGCAUCUGUGAUAUGGGUAAGGUCUUGUAGAUAUACUGUGAUUAUAUGGCGAGUUAGCUCCAGUUAUUUACCUGGAUAUCAGUCAGUCAUUAAAUGACUUUAUCAGUUGACUAAGCUUUGCAAAUUGCAUACUUUCACUGACUAAUUUAUAGUGUAACUUGGAAAUUGCACAUAACAGAAAAUUACAGUUAUUAGUAAAAUAUUUUUAAUUCAGUGCUUAAAGAACUUGAACUCCAGAUCUCUUUAGGAAUAGUAAACAGUAAUAUGGAUCAUUAGGUGUCAAAAUCUGUUUCUAGGUGACUCAGUUUGCUGUACAAGGAAAAAUCCAGAAAUUUUCUGGCCAAUAACUGGGAAACUUAACUGGAAGGAUAGUUCAGGCACAUUCCCCAAGUUUUUCUUGACGUUACCUCAGAUUUGAUUGUACACUAACAAGAUUAACAUGCUAACAAAGGGUUUCUCAUAAUCCCGAAAACAUUUCUGCCUUUGCCUAUCUAAAACAGAUGUGUGCAAGUUUUUGGGGGCCUUUUUGUACACCCCACAUUUCUGGAAAUUUUUUAUAAAGGUAGCCAUGCAAAGUUUCAAUAGCACUGUAAGAAUGCAAUGGAUUUUAAAGUAAUGCAAGCUGCAUAUAAUUCGAUGAGCAGAAUCUAGCUCUUC